AGUGACACGGAAUGAUAGUUCUGUUCCCGUCGACAUUUUUCAGACGUUAGAGAGACAACUGUAUGCAACACACGUGUUACCACAACAAUUUGAGUCCUCUUUUGGCUGUUCAGUCACGGGCGGACUGUUAGGCGUAUUUGAUGCUUUAUCCGUGUUCCAGUUUGUGACGAUUCGAGUGAGACUCGGAGGACACUGAGCUUUUCUCAAACGGACUAGUUAAAUGCUGUAACGCUGCGGAGAAAGGAGAAAGAGUAAACCACCGGCUUCGUGCGUGGUUGCUGAAGACUGGUUCGCGAGAAAGUCCUGCUUCGCGCUCUCUCUCUCCCUCUCUCCCUCUCUCUUCCUCUCUCUCGUCCUUUCACCACCCUCAGAUAUUAUCAGAGACACAUGCUGUCUGUCCUCUGCUAUCUCUUUUCAUUUGGACACGCUCUUUCGCCCACGCUCCUUCACAGCGCCUAGUUCAGAGAAGUGUCAGCAAGCGUCUAAAGUCAGCCGAUUUGAGACUGCCGCGGAGCAGCAAGAAACCCAGCCCUGGAUUCAAUACUUUUGAUCAAUGGACAGAGUCCUCUCAACGGCCAGUCGAGGUACAGGCACGCCAUAAACAACCCCUAUCCUCUGGCUGGAGUGCCCCCUGGAGUGUGGAGGGGGAUGGAGCGCGGCAGCGAGAGUCCCUGCCUGCGGGACAGUCCCGAGCGGAGGGGGGGCAGCAGCCCUGACCUCAGCGGCCCCCCGCCCGUGAAGAUGGGGCGCCUGGAGCUCAACGGGAGCCCCACCGGACCCCGCAGCCGCCACAACGGCGCCUCCCAAAGGCCCCUUGGAGGCCUGAUGAUCCCGGUCUUCUGUGUGGUGGAGCAGAUGGAGUCGGGCGGGCUGGUGUCGGAGAGCGAGGGUCGCGAGGAGCACGCGGAGUUCGUGCUGGUCAGGAAGGACAUCCUCUUCACCCAGCUGGUGGAGACCGCUCUGCUGGCGCUGGGCUACUCCCACAGCUCCGCUGCCCAGGCCCAAGGCAUUAUAAAGGUGGGCCGCUGGAACCCCCUCCCCAUACACUACCUGACGGAUGCCCCUGAGGCCACAGUGGCCGACAUGCUGCUGGACGUCUACCACAUGGUCACACUGCGCAUUCAGCUGCAGAGCUUUGCUAAGCUAGAGGACCUGCCGUCUGAGCAGUGGAACCAUGCCACGGUGAGGAACGCCCUCAAGGAGCUGCUGAAGGAGAUGAACCAGAGCACACUGGCCAAGGAGUGCCCUCUCUCACAGAGUAUGAUUUCCUCCAUUGUGAAUAGUUCUUAUUAUGCCAAUGUCUCCACCGCAAAGUGCCAAGAGUUCGGCCGUUGGUAUAAGAAAUACAAGAAGAUCAAAGCAGGGGAUUACCUGGAGAAGAUUUGGUCAGGACGAGAGAACUCUGAAAUCAAAGUGGAGCGUGACAGCCUGGCUGAUUUCUGCAUCCUGGGCCAGCGCCCUCCUCCUCACCUGGCCGGCCUGGCUCAGCUGGGCCCCCUGGGCGGCCCCGGCGGCCUCCUGAAAGGCGCGUCCCUCUCCGAGCCCCCCAACUCGUCCCAGCCACCCUCCUCCCAGCAACAGCAGCAGCAGCAGCAGCAGGCGUCGUCCCAGCAACAGCAGCAUCAGCAACAGCAGCAGCAGCAGCAGCAGCAACCGUCGCCCCACGGGCCGCUCCACCACAGCCCCCCGCUGCGCACCCAGGUGCCCCCUCCGCCCCCGCCGCCCACCGCUCUGCAGCCCCUGCUGGGCCCCGGCGGGCUCCUCUCGCCCCAGCUCAGCCCGCAGCUGGUGCGGCAGCAGCUGGCCAUGGCCCACCUCAUCAACCAGCAGCUGGCCGUCAGCCGCCUGCUGGCCCACCAGCACCCGCAGGCGAUCAACCAGCAGUUCCUCAACCACCCGCCGCUGCCGCGCUCCUCCAAGGCCGGCAACGGAGGGCCCGGCGACCCCGGCUGCAACCCGUCCGCCUCCGAGGUGUCCGGCGACAUCUACCAGAGGGUCCGGGACGAGCUCAAGAGGGCCAGCGUGUCGCAGGCCGUGUUCGCACGAGUGGCUUUUAACCGCACACAGGGCCUGCUCUCAGAGAUCUUACGGAAAGAAGAGGACCCCCGCUCAGCCUCCCAGUCGCUCCUGGUCAACCUGAAGGCCAUGCAGAACUUCCUGAACCUGCCCGAGGGCGAGCGCGACCGCAUCUACCAGGAGGAGCGCGAGCGCACCAUGAACCCGCCCGUCGGCCUGCCGCCCACCCCGCCCUCGGGCGGCGGUGGAGGUCGCCUCUCUCAGGAGUUUUUCUGGCCUGUGCAGAAAGUGUGGGAGCGCUCCAUAGAUGAACAGUUGACCCCGGAUGCCUGGGCAUCCAUCUGGAAGAACAAGAACAAAAUCUCAAAUUCGCCCAAGCCCUCAGGUCCGAGCGCAGACCUUCCCCUGAAGCUGGAGUCCAUGGUGGACAUCACCUCCGCCAUCUACGAUGAGAUUCAGCAGGAGAUGAAGAGAGCCAAGGUGUCCCAGGCGCUGUUUGCUAAAGUGGCUGCAAACAAGAGUCAGGGCUGGCUCUGUGAGCUGCUCCGGUGGAAGGAGAGCCCGACCCCGGAGAACCGCACGCUGUGGGAGAACCUGUGCACCAUCCGGCGGUUCCUGGCGCUGCCGCAGGGCGACCGGGACAUGGUGUACGAGGAGGAGUCGCGCCACCACCACAGCGAGAGGCUGCACACCGUCCUGCACCUGCCCGCCGACACACAGUUCUUUUUCCCCCGUCAGGUUCUGCACCGACACCCGCCGCAGCCCCUGAAGGACCACUCCCCCAUGCACGAGGAGCCCCUGCCCAGCUCCGGCGUGGACGAGACGUCGCAGAACAGCGCCUCAUCGUCCGCCGCCGCCGCCGCUGCAGCCGCAGCCGCCGCCGCCGCCGGAGGGUGUCCCAGCGGGGCGGGCGCCGGCCCCAAGAAGCCGCGCUCGCGCACCAAGAUCUCCCUGGAGGCGCUGGGCAUCCUGCAGAGCUUCAUCCAGGACGUGGGGCUCUACCCGGACCAGGAGGCCAUCCACACGCUCUCGGCCCAGCUGGACCUGCCCAAGCACACCAUCAUCAAGUUCUUCCAGAACCAGCGCUACCACGUCAAGCACCACGGCCGGCUGAAGGAGCUGGGCGCCGAGGGCGCGGCCGGCGGCGGCGUGGACGUGUCCGAGUACCGCGACGAGGAGCUGCUCUCGGGCUCCGAGGACGCCGAGGAGUCCAGCGAGGACGGCCACGAGGAGAUCUACGCCGGCCAGGAGGGCGGCGGCGCCGGCGGACCCGGAGCCGCGUCCCACUCUUCCUCCGCGGCGGGGCGGUCGUCUGCCACCUCCACCCCGACCCCCAGCUGUGGCGGCGGCAGCGGCCCGGAGGAGGGCAAGGACAAGGGCCACUCCCGGCCCAGCUCCCUGCCCCCCAGCGGCUCGUCCUCCAGCCCCCGCGAGCAGGCCGACUACCAGAGAUAAGACACCACAAAGCACGGCCACG